AUGGGUCAAAAAUCUACUCAUCUAGAUAAUAACAUACAAGAAGAAGAAUUCUCGAUUCCAUUAUGGAAAUAUAAUAGAGAAAAAAAAAGAUGGUCACAAAAACAACUUGAUCAAAAUAAUUCAACAAUACAUUUGGAGAAAUUUCGUGUUGUUACAUAUAAUGUUUGGUUUUCCGGUGAAUAUCAAUCGAUGCGUUUUAAAAGUCUCUGUGAUAUAUUAAACAAAUCUCAAGCUCAAAUAAUUGGUUUACAAGAAAUGACAAAAAAAAAUCUUCAACAACUUUCAGCUCAAUCAUUUAUUCAAGAACGAUAUUAUUUAUCUGAUGUCGAUGGUCGUACAUUCAAUACUUGGUAUGGCGUUGUUUUAUUAAUUGAUAUUCGACUUCAUAUUUCUGAUAUUAAUUUGAUUGAUUUUCCUCAAUCAACAAUGGGUCGUCGUUUAAUACUUGCAGAAAUAAAAUUAGAUCAAGACGAAACUGUUCGUAUUGGUACUGUUCAUUUAGAAUCUGUGAAUAAUAAAGAACAACGAUCAUGUCAAUUAGAUAUAUGUCAAACAGAAUUUCAUCAUUCUCCAGGUAGUUACAUUUUAAUGGGAGAUUUUAAUUUUAAUGCAAAUGGUCAAGAAAAUCUCGAUCAAUUUAAUAGAUUACCAGAUUGGAUUGAUGUUUGGACUUAUUUAAUGGGUUCUGAUAAUCAUGGCUACACUUUUGAUACAGCAACAAAUUUAAUGACAAAAUUUCAUUGUGGAACAUCAAAUCAAUCAAGAUAUGAUCGAAUUAUUUGCUCAAGUCAAACAAUUAUUCCUACUGAUAUUCAAAUUAUAGGAAAUCAAAGUAUCGGUAAUCAAAAACACUUACCUGUGUUUCCAUCAGAUCAUUUUGGUUUGACAGGAGUGUUUGAAAAGAAAAAAAUAAACAUGUGA